GUGGAGUGCCUUCUGCUCCAUUGAAUCAGUUAUUGUACGGUGUGAAUUCGUAGUUCGUUCGACCCGGCCUCAACUCAGCUUCCAGAAUGACGAGAGGCACGGGAAAACCGAGCAAUGUGGUCCGCGUGUCAUUCUUCACACUGUCUGCUGUCUGUCAGCUCGCCUUUGCUUGCGCCUGCACGCCCGCUGUGAUCUGGUGCUCGCAGUCGUCCGAUUAUGACACGACGUACAAAACGAUGCCGUUGAGUUCGCUGCAGAAGCUGACUCCCGACGAGUUCGAGAGGAGCCUGUUGCAGUUAAACAUCACUGAAUCAGCGGUUGUUGUUGAAGAUCUGUGUAUCGAGGAUCUUCGGAAUAAUAAGGUGCUGUCAAACGCCAUCAAUGGUUCUAAAAUAUUGUAUUUUCCGUGUGUCGUUUCGCCUGUCACGGUCUUCCAAAAUAUCUACAAGCAGAGAAAAAUGAUAGAUAUAAACGAUGAUCAUAAGUUCAACAUGGUCCUCAAGGACAUUGAUUCGAGCGGAUGCAUAGCACUUACCGGAAAACAGUGUCGUUACAGCCACACUGAGCGAAUAAAGAGAGAAGUGUCGGUGGACAAUUCAACAGAGCUCAAGAUAAAAACAGACAAAGUUCUGUUGUAUUCUGCUAAAUUGUCACUCAAGAUAUCUGACAAGCCAGAGGUGGAUCUUGUUCAAUCUAAAGUCAUCGGAAUGUCGUCUCGUACCAAUAAUAGCAUGGUGAUUUUGAGCAUCAAGUUCAAUGAUGAGACCGUUGGCAGUCUGACGCUCGAGUUCUUCUUCCAAAUCAAAAGCAUCGGCUACUAUACGUUGUACAAUGUGAUAUACGAGACGACCAACGGAAUCAAUACUCUAUCCACCAAGCGAGACAUUUCCUUUCCGUCCAACUUCUCUUAUCAUUGUACGCCGAAAACCACCUUCACGGACGGUACCACGUACUUAAAUAUCAUAGAAAUGCAGGUGCAGGUCGGUCAUAAGAAUGCGACGUUCAAAGACGCGUACGACUGCGUUGGUUUUACCAGUAUACCGAUUUGGACGGGAAUUUUCGUGACGGUAAUAUUGGGUCUGAUCAUGAUAUGGGCGCUCACCAUGAUCAUGGAUAUCCGCACGAUGGAUAGAUUCGAUGAUCCUAAGGGGAAAACUAUCACGAUCUCCAGCGCGGAGUAAAAUAAUAAUAAUAAUAGAACUUAUAAUGCAAUUGUAGGUAUAUUGAAUAUUUGUGCGAAACCUGCUAUCCGAUA